CAGCAAAAAAUGGAUCAUUACAAAAUAUUAGGGUUAACACGAAGCGCAACGAAAGAACAAAUCAAACAAGCGUUUCGUAAAUUAGCAAUGGAAUUUCACCCAGACAAACACGCACAUUCUUCGAAUCAAUUAAAGGAAAACGCUACACUCAAAUUCAAGCAAGUUUCUGAAGCUUACGAGACUCUAAUCGAUGAUCGCAAACGCGCUGAUUAUAACAUCCGUUAUAAUAAUAGUUACCGCAAUUCUGGGAGUAAUUACGGCGGUAAUAGUGAUUAUUAUUACCGUAAUAAUAAUUAUCAGAACAGUUAUAAUAGGAAUAGUUAUGGUUAUGGAGGUUCAGCUAGCAUUGUUACCAAAUUUGAGAUGGUUUUACGGUACAUGACAACAAGGGCGUUUCUCCUUAAUGCUGCUCUUGCUGGUGUAUUGCUAGGUGCAACAUAUGUAGUUGAUGCAGGUGGGGAGGCACUAUGGAAGAUGCAAAAUUCUGGAAAAUCGUUUGAAGAAGCAAUGGAAUCUGUAGAAAAAGCUAAAGCAUUUGAUGACAAAAGAUGAAGGGGUUCUGCUGUAUAGUUGUUUGCUUUUGCUGAUGUAUUCGAAAUUGCUCCUGGACACCCUACAUCAUACCUUCUGAGACGGAAUAUAAGCUAUUGCAAUUUGCAAAUGGCUGAGCUGAGAUCUUCAGUUGCAAUCAGAAUUGCUCAAACUUAUGACAAAAACAGAAGGGACAGAUAGAAGGAAUUUGGUAAGGGAGUAGAGCAUCGAUGCAUCCUUGUAUAAAAGAAACAAAUUGUAUUGAGUUGCAUUGCUAUUCUUGCAUCGUGAAAUACUAUAAUAAUGGUAACUAAAUAAAACGUGUGCAUAGAUGUAGUCAACUUGUAUAAAACAUUAAGUCUUAAUGA